CACUCAGUUCGCCGAUGGUGCGAAUAGCUGGGCACACACUCUUCAUCCUCUGCUUGGGAUGGCUUGCCAUUUGCGUUCUCUUCUCCUUCGGCAGCCCUAGGUGAACACUUUCCCAAGUUUUUUGCAAAGUGACUUUGCGGAUCAUGCUGAUUGAAGACCAUGCCUACGCAUUUGGGUAGCCUGGCUAUUCGCCGGCUACCCUCCUUUCGCCAGAGGUUUUGCAACCUUGGAUAUCUUCAGCCUGACACGACUUCUUCCUGCGACCCGUUUUCCAUACCCGGCUUCGUGUCCUCACUAGACGGAACCUCAAAAGACACCCUGACUCCUUUGGGUGUCUGGCGUACGUUCGAUCAGUCAUGUCCGACGAGUUCUCACCUUCCAGCCCUGUUGUCAAACUUGGAGAAAUCUCCAUAUUACUCUGUCGCCGGCAAGCACAGCAUCGCCAACAGCCAAUCCACCCCAGGGCUGAUCACCAACAAGCAUGUGCUGCUCGUUGGCGAUUCUGUCGAUAGGUCGCUCGUCGAGAAUUUUUGCUGGCUUGCUGGAGAGACUUCUAAGCCUGUCGAUAGCUCCCAUCCUUGGGGCAAAGCGGCGCUUGCGAGCGCGCAAAAGGACCCGAAAUCCUCGAGCUCACAACAGAUCGCUCAUUACUGCUACUUGCCCAAGUACAACUUCUUGCUCACCUCCAUGUACCACUAUGGCAUCGAUGAGACAGAUGCCUGGUCCAAGAUUCCAAACUACCAAGGACCCGGCCUUUUCGAGGAUCGGAUAUCUCAGCUUGUCCUUCCAUUCCUCAAAGCAUCCGCUAACUCGGAUCUCAUGUCGAACGUGACACCUAAGAGCCGCAGAACGCAUGUGCCAGACAUGGUCUUCUUCCAGUCGUCUUUCUGGGACUUGGCGCUCUGGGCGCAGCAGGACAUUGCCGCAGGGCGCUCAGCUGAAUCUGAUCUGACGGAGAUGCGGCUGUUGAAGUGGAGAAGCAGGAACGUUGACAUGCUGUCGCAUCUCGCAAGCAAGGACGUCUUUGGAUAUGAGACUCCACUCCUGUGGAGAAGCACUCACUACCCUGCCGAAGGCGCAAACCCGACAAUCGAAUGGUUCACAGGGCAGGACAACCCCGAUGCUACUGCAGCGGGAAAGCCGAACCACCCGCUCUUUCGCCUCAACCGCCUGCAUCAGCUCAACGAAGCGCAACUGAGCACGCUGAUAUCCGGCGGCGACGACUAUGUGCGUGGCAGCAAAUCACCCUCCGCGAGGCUGCCUGACGAUCUCGCGUUCGUUCCGUGGGGGCAGGUCAUGCUCGGUCAGGCGGGCAAGCAGAUGGACCCGAUCUCACCCAGCCCCAAUCCUGGCGCUAGCAUCUUUGCUGAAAUGAUGUUAUGGAAUCUUGCAUUGCACAAGCCAUAGUAAUUUACAUGCUAUUACUGUGAUUAGUCUCCACUUCAGUCACG